CCGGCAUCCAAUUACCUGCGGUCACACUGCGUUUUAUGAAUUUUUAUUUGCUCAACUAGUGUUUCGUAAUUUUAAGUCAUAUUUUAUCAAUGAACUGAGAUAAGGCGCGAGCAGAGCUGCCCCCAAAACCAAAUGACUUCGCAGAUCUACAGCCAGAAGAAGUUCGUGCCCACGCCGCCCGAGAAGGGUUCCUUUCCCCUGGACCACGAAGGCCUCUGCAAGAAGCAGUUCCUGCUCUACGCCAGCUGUCUAAGGAAGAACGCCCAGGAUACGAGCCUGUGCCGCCAGGACGCCCAGAACUAUCUGGCCUGUCGCAUGGACAACAAUCUUAUGGAGAAAACCGAGUGGUCCAAGUUGGGCUUCCACGAUCAGAAACUUUCAGAGGAGCAGAAACAAUAG